AUAAAACACCGGCUAUUACGCGCAAUUCAAAAGGUUCGUAAAUUUCCAUUGUAAAGUUAAGCGGAAGGCCUCCGAUCAGGCGAUCACCGUACAGUUCAGCAGGCACAGCGAGCAGCGGCAAGCAACAACAUCUGACCGGAGAGCCUUUGACGACGAUGGUGAGUCGGUCUUCUAGUUUUCUUUACCAUUCUAUCGUCAGAAUCCUAAUCCUCCUCAUCGGAACCCAACACGAUCAGUUUCCCUAAUGGCCCAUGUCGAGGAAAGACGAGGGGAACUCUUGCAGCAGUAACUUUGUUCGUGAAAUCUCCCAUCAUAGGAUUCAAAGCUUGAUUCUUUAUUAGGCACUCUUCUAACUCUAGUGGUUGUGUUAGGUAUUGGGGAUUUGGCAAUUCUAAGUCCGCGGCUUGAGACGUAUGACUCGAAAGCAUUUAGCUAAAACCCUAGCAAUUCAGGCUUUUUCUCGUUUCCAUUACCCCCUGUUGUGGGUAUUUCCUGUGUUGCUUCUAUUUGAUACUAUUCCCUUGCCUUAUGUUGUUCAUAGGAUGUUCCUGGUCCCAGGAAUAAAACCAUUUGCAGAGAAGGAAGUGGCGAUGAUGGCGAUAGAAUCAGUUCUCUGCCAAACAAUCUGAUUGAGCACAUCAUGACCUUUCUUCCAUUACGAGAAGCGGCCAAGACUAGUGUCCUGUCAACUGGCUGGAGGCGCAAAUGGGUGAAUAGUCCAUCGCUUGUAUUCGAUGGUCAGUUCUGGAACCCAUACCCAGUUGGGGUGGCUCCUUGGUAUCUAGGUAGUAAUGGGCCAUGGGGUCUAUCCUAUUACCAUCGAGAAACUAAUGUAGAAUGUGUUCACAGUUCUCUGCCACCAUAGGGGACCCUUGAGGGAGUUCUCUCUUUCUAUCCCUCAACUGAGUACCUUUCCUGCUUAUGUUGAUCAGAUUUUGCUUUCCUUGUACGAGAAAUGUAUUGAGAGCUUAUUCAUUUGGAUCAAUGAAUACAAGGUUCCUCGUUGUCUCUUCUCAUUCAGGCAGCUCAAGAAGUUGCGUCUGUACGCCUGCACGUUCACUUCCUCCCAAAUUUCGUUCGAGGAAUUCAAUAUGCUUACUAGCCUUGAACUUAAAUGGAUCAAAUUCCCAAAUGCUCAGCGGGUUUCUUUCAUCAUCAGAUGCCCAUUGCUUUUAACUUUUACUAUGAUUGCUUGUGUCACUGCCAAUGUCACCUAUCUUGAUAUACUGAGCGAAGCACCCAGCCUUAGCUAUUUCAACUGCGUAGGUAGCUUCAGCUCUGUGUGUGUCAAAUACGCUCCGCAUCUCAAAGAUGUUACUGUCCAUCAGACUGCAAGGUUAGUUGAUCCUUCUAAGAGCAAAGAUGAACCCACUAAUUUCAAGAAAUUAUGUGGUGGUUGUCCAGCAAUAGAGCGACUAUGUGUAGCACUUGAGCUCUUCAGGGACUUGGGAACUAAAGAACUGAUUAUUCAACCUGGUCAAGUAUUUAGGUUAAUGAUGCUAAGGGAACUAAGGUUGGGUGAAUUGUGUCUCAGCUGUCCGAGAGAUGUCUGGCGUAGUAUGCUCUUAAUCAUAGUUGCCCCAAACUUGCAAGACCUCAUCAUCACUACCAAGCCAAUGGCAACCCAGUACAUAGCUCUCAACCUGAUAUCUGCCGUACAGAGGGUGUGUGGAAUGACGAAACACAGAGCAAGUAAGCUGGUGAAAGUGGAGAUCAAUCAGUUGCAGGGUGUAAGGACUGAGAUGUGUUUCAUUCAAUGGUUAUUAGCUGCUUCACCUGAGCUUCACAAGAUGGAGAUCAAGUUUUCUCCUAAUUCGCUACCUACUGACCAGGUUCAGACUCUGAGAGAUUUGAAUGGAUUUCAGCGAGCCUCCAGCAAAGCACAAAUCAUAAUAUAGUCACCCUGGUUUCAGUAGAGCCGGGUUUUUUUUUUUCUUUUUCUUCAUAAAUAGUCGAUCAAUAUAGAGUCUACUUAUGGUGGGCAUUGAGUACGUUGUGGUCGCACAGGCAGCUCAUUCUCCUUCAAGGAAUUUGUAGGCAUUUCUGUGCGCUGUCUUUUCUGUUGGAUUGACUUGUGCAUUGUAUAUGUUCCCAAUGUCUACUGCAAGUUCGAGAGUGAUGUGCAUGCCCAGGAAACUUAUGUUUUCUUUGUUAUGAAUUAAGAGAGGGGUUAGGGCAACUACAAGUGUUAACAAGCUUUUCGUUCAACCAUGACAGCCUGCAAGAUUGCCACUUUCAAACUUGAACAGGGGCAAAAUGGUUUCAAAGUGGAGACGGGAGAGAUUGAAGGAAUAUCAGCUAUUACAGUUGACCAUUCCAAAAUCAUUGAAGUCAUAUAUUCCUGAAUAAAUCAUUGCCACAAUG